AUUAUAUUUUCGAUACUACGCGAUCUGUCAAAACACAUUCUUUCACAAAUACACAAUGUCUAAGAGAGGACGUGGUGGUUCAGCGGGAGCUAAAUUCCGGAUUUCCCUUGCUCUUCCUGUUGGAGCAGUAAUCAAUUGUGCAGACAAUACAGGAGCUAAAAACUUAUAUGUAAUUGCUGUACAAGGUAUCGGUGGACGUCUAAACCGUUUACCAGCUGCAGGUUCCGGUGAUAUGAUUGUAGCAACCGUAAAGAAAGGUAAACCUGAACUAAGAAAGAAAGUAAUGCCUGCGGUGGUUAUCAGGCAGAGGAAGCCAUUUAGAAGGAAGGACGGAGUCUUCAUUUAUUUCGAAGACAAUGCAGGAGUUAUAGUAAAUAACAAAGGAGAAAUGAAAGGAUCUGCGAUUACAGGUCCAGUGGCUAAAGAAUGUGCCGAUCUAUGGCCUAGGAUAGCGUCAAAUGCCAGCAGCAUUGCUUAAAAUGUAAAUUAAAUGGAAUAUAAACUGAAACUUUAGUUAG